AUGGCUGAAGGACAAAGUGUCAGUGACAGAGGAGUUCGUAGGAUCUUCUACUUCACCAAGGAAAAGGUCAGCUCGGAUUGGAGGGACCUAGCCUUCCAUCUUGGAUUCGAGCAGGCAGAUAUCGACAACAUCGAAGGGAAAAACCGAGAUGACAAGUCCCGCUGUAUGGACCUGUUGGAGGAAUGGCUGAAGUGCAACGGAGACAGAGCCACUAUAGAGGUCCUGAUGGAGGCUCUGUCUGAAGCAAACUUACAGAGCACUGUGGACGGGCUAAAAAGCAAAUAUCCUGAGUUGAAUGCACCACUAUCGAGAAGUCAGCUGGAAAGGAAGGUGGAUGGGGGUCAUUUGCCAGAAAAGAAAGGAGAUAGAAAUGAAGAGGAUAUGUCGAUAGAAAAUGCGUUCCUUGGGUCCAUGAGAAAGUACUACGAGUUGAGGUUAACAAAAUUCAAGCCUCUGAUUUGGAAUGACAACUUCGCGCCCACCAUCGACGAUCUCUUCACAGAGUUAAAUUUCUCAUCGGGAAAUAUUAAGAGAUUAGAUGACCUUUUCAAUUCAAAUACCAGCGAGCAGUCUGUAGCACGAAGGUUCAUUCUAAUCGAAGCCGAACCAGGAGGGGGGAAGACAACAUUUAUGACCAAAGAAGCCCUAGACGCCGUCUCACAGAAAACAGAGCUGGGCAAACGGCACAACAUCGUCCUGUUGAUCAGACUACGGGAGGUGAGAGAGGGAGAGAGCAUAGAGGAGAUAGUGUGGGACCAGUGUGUUGAUGAAACAACAGAAGGUGUUGAUGCACAGUCUAUCAAAACGAUCCUACAGAGAAACCCGUCUCGGGUGCUCUUUCUACUGGAUGGGUUUGACGAGCUGCAUCCAAAGGCCAAGGCAGACAGGCAGGCCAUUCCCAAACUGCUGUCUGGCAAGGUGUACCCCAACAGCACGAUCGUGAUCACCUCCCGACCCGCAGCAGGAGUGCAGCAGUACGCCCAGCCAGACUACCGCGCAAGUAUCAUUGGCUUCUCCUUCAAGCAUGUCAUGGAAUACAUUGGACAAUAUUUCACAGUUGUUGGGAAUCAAGACCUGGCAAAGACACUUAUUGGCCAUCUCGAAGAUGAUGGUAUUUUGAGAGAUCUAGUCGAGAACCCGAUGUUUCUGACGCUGGUAUGUGUGCUGUGGGAAGAAGACCAAGCCAUUGUGUCUGCCGGGACAAUGACGGGACUGUAUGACAACCUACAGACAUGUCUGAUAAAAAAGCACUGCAAGCGGGAAGGAGUGGACAUGCCAACCGACGGGAUACCUUCAGACUUGGGUCGUGCAUUGCUGCAGCUCGGCAAGCUAGCACUAGAGGCGCUGCUGAGGAAGGAGAUCCAACUUGACAUUGCAGAAGUAGAACGAAAAAACGUGAACUGGGUGCUGCUAUUGAAGCUCGGAGUGGUCUUCUCGGAGGCCACAGCGUCAAAGCUGCACCCUCGGAGACAGCUGACCUUUGCACACAAGACGAUACAAGAGUACCUUGCCGGACGGUAUGUCGCCUCAGUCGUGUUGAAUCACGACAUAAUAGAUCUUCUGAAGCUCACGACCGUAAGCAAUGUGCUUGAGCAUAGUAACCUGCUUCAGUUCACAUGUGGAUCAUCGGACUCACGAGCAGCACAAGCUGUGAUGGAAGGGCUAGCAAAUAUCAGCAGCAAGAAAUACGAAGGUUUACAGGUAGAGAACGUCACAAAGUUAGACUGGCCAUGGAUACCAAGGCAAGAGGCUUGUAAGGGUUAUAACGGUUUUGCUCGGCUAUGCCUGGAUAUCCUGAAUGAACGAAUGGAGCCAGGCGUACUGCAGGCCGUCAGGAGAGCGCUGCCAUUUAUGGUCUCACACAACGCCAUCAACAGCAGGCAACAUGCUGCUCUUAAAUACUACAUACAAAACAUUCAGCCGUCGGCACAAUACCUGCACAAAAUGGCACUUGAUAUGGGUGGUCCUUCUCAGUUUGUGACGGCUCAAGUUCUCCAAUUCCUGGAGCAGACUUUCCAAUCCCCAACUCCAGGGCUGGUGUUAGACCUGUCUCUAAGUGGUCUAUUUCUUGGCGCGCCUGAACUGACAGAAAGACUAGUCUCUGUUUUAAAACACGUUCCUGGACUGAGAAGACUGAACUUGUCACAAACGUACCAAUAUGCACCAUCACUCCAGCCAAUCAUAGAUGCCUUCAGCCAUACGCCUAUGUUAGAAGAGCUGGAUUUAAGCUGGAUGGAUCUCGGCGAUGAUGAGAUAGAAGUCGUGCAGGCUGGGCUGAAACGUCUUCCACAUUUGGCUGUACUCCAUUUCAAGGCAGAUAUCUACGAACAGGAGAUCACCAUAACAGCCGAAGGCAUGUCACGCCUAGCUCACUCCAUGCGUAAGCUUACAGGACUGAGGGAACUGGAUAUAAGCAGUAAUGCGAUCGGCGACGAUGGAAUGGAACAUCUCGCCGACGUCCUCCCCAUCUUCACCGCCAUGCAGAUAUUGGUCCUGGCGCAAGUUGGCAUGAGCAUCAGAGGCUUGCGUAAACUGGUCCAUGCUCUGCGAUUCCUAACAGGACUGCUCAAACUGGACAUUUCUGAGAAUCACAUAGGAGACAUAGGACUGGAGUGUCUGGCAGAUAUCCUUCCCAGCCUCCCUGCAGUGAAGGUGUUGGAGCUCAGGAAGACAGGUAUCGGCGACAAGGGGAUGUCGGCUCUGGUCAGAGCUCUACCUUAUCUGAUGGAGUUACAGGUGUUGGACGUGAGCGAGAAUCACAUCGGGGACUCAGAGAUUGUCGCAUUGGUUCAGACACUCUGCCGGUCUAGCAGUUUGGAUAAAGAACAAAACCCACUCGUAGGCUCACACGUAAAGGAACUGGACUUCAGGGAGAACAUUGGGCUGACAGCAGCUGGGAUUGAGAGAGUCUCACAGAUCAUCAGACUGCCAGCACUUACUACGCUGAGAAUGUCCACAUAUCCGGAGGUACUCACUCACUUGCCUGACACUGCUGCCAUGGCCGUUGCCGAUGCUCUACACAGACUUCCUGCAUUGGAGCGGCUGCACCUGGGGUACAUCUCCAUGGAGCCUGCAGGGUUCCAGGCCGUGGUGCAGGCUGCUGAGGAACAUCCGACACUGCGCAAGCUGUGGUACACAAAGGAGGGAGUUCCUGAGGGAGUGGACACCACCGCCAGCUGCUUGACAUGGUCCAGGACACUGAAAAGGUACAGCUGGCAGAAGGUUCCAGAAUGGAUGAACGACCCAAAGGCCAUAUUCCAAAUGAUAGCAGGGGCUGCGACGACCUUAAUGUCUGCCGACUUUCACGUUUUUGGAACGAAUGUGUUUCGUCCCAAAUAA